AAACCAAACCAAAAGUGCAUUAAAAUCAUAAAUAAAUAAAAUUAGAAAUUAUAAAUAAAAUAAAUAAGAGAGAGAAAAAGGGGCACCACCCCCCACACCAGCACCACACUCACACUAGUACGCUCUCUUAGGUCUACUAAUGUCCUAUAGAGUAUAUACAGUAUAUCUGACAUGUAUGCACACAUGUAUGUACACACACACACACACACACACACACACACACACACACACACACACACACACAAACCCAAUCAGGAGAAACAAGUAGGUUAGAGUCUCACAACAAGACAUCAAGAGAAGAGCACGACAGGUAUAGUCAAUGGUAUGGUCACUGAUACUAAAUCAGAAAGCUUGGCUGCCACCUUGGACCAGAACUGUGAAACUGGAGGAUAAUUUCACAUCAUAUGCAAAAGAAGUGCCAGAGGCCUUCGUAGAACAUAGGCUACACAAGGGAUCGGUUAUCAACUUCAUACAAUGGAGUUUGCGAGGGGUCAAAUAUGUUACAUAGUUGUGUACAUAGUUAAAGUGGAUCUGCUGGUGGUCAGGGUUGCAGGAAGCCUCUCUAAUAUUUGCCCACACCUGUGACCACUCAAAUCUUACUAUACCUCUCUUUUUAAUUCGAGUGGUGAGUAAUUUGUAAAGUGGGUGAAUGGGUAACGGUUGGUGUCCCGGAGCACCAUACGCCUGUGAAGAUGAUCGACGUUGCAGAUCGAAAAAGAGAGCCUCUCUCUAAUAUCUUGAAAGGUGCGCAGCCCAGUGUCACUGUAUACCUCGUCUAAAGUGCGAAUAUUACUGUUACUCCAGGCAGAACGAGAGAUAGGUCUCCCUCCAAUUAAUAGGCCAUGGUUGUUAAAGAUCGGUGUAAGUCUGUGCCACUUACAGGAGAUUUUAUGCUGAAGUUCAGCUGCACGCCAUGUCUGGAUGAGUUGUGAGACUAUUGGGCGAAAACGUAAUCGGCAUUGUUUAUUGGAUAUGAUAGCAAAAAGAAGCUCCUGCAAGUUCCAGGGUCUCACACAGUUUUCUUCUAGCCUACGCCAGGAAACUGAGGCCUAAGUAAUGGCCUAAGUACGAAUGACCAGAAAUAAAACUAAAAUAACUAAACUGAAUAAAAGUUAAGAUAAUAACCAGAUAAGCCACCACUGGCCACUCCUCUUUGUGUGAUGGACAGUUUAAAGUGCUCAGGCAAACUUUCACCUACAGACUUCAUUUAAACUUUAAAAUGUAGACACCAGCCUUGUGUAUUGAUGUAUCACUUUCUCGUUUUGAUAGGUCUUAUCGUUGUUGAUCAAUCACUGUUCAAUGACCAUGAUCUUUUUCCAAAAAUCUCGUUUUAGAGUGCGGAAUGUUGCUACUUAGAGUGAGAGAGUAACUUACUCAUUCAGCACUAAAACUACUCACAUGAUCCAAGGUGUUGAACAGGUGUGAUACUGGUGUGUGGCCACAGCGUGCACAUCUGAUAUUGCUCACAAUGGUCCUCAGUGUGCUCAGAGAGCUUGUGUGUAUGCCCAGACACAUGAAAAAUUAGAGGGAACAUUGUGAGUAAAUCCUUUGUAAUCCAUGUUAUAAAUAUUAGCCUAUAUUGCCUUUAUGCAAAGAAAUCUUUUGGACAUCGUGUUAAAAACAUGCUAAAUAAACAACACAUUACAUAUGGAAAAGUCUGGAUUCUGUCCCUGAUAGUUAAUGAUUACUACGCAAGAGAAACCCGUUUCUUGAAGAAUCGCACCCUUUUCUCAUUUUAUUGCAUUAAUCCACAUCUGCAGUAUCGCGGGAUGUUUGAGAGUCCUAGAAAAUUAUACACUUUGCUUAUUCCCAACUAUUCUGGCAUCCUGGGGCACAACAGCCCCAAGAUAACUGGUUAGUUGCUAGCAGUUGUCAACUGAAUAGAGAGGACCAAUUUCCUACCAAUAUGGCGGCGUUGUGAGCAGAGACCUUAACCUCAGCCCAUCUGUGAGGAGGUAACUUAUAGGGAUGUUAGGAACCGCAUCACCUUUAUCCACAUCAUGGGAAUCUAGCUUUGUAAGACUGAGAGUGUCCUUAAAAAGACAAAUAUGUUUCUUAACUAAUGUCACAAUGUCCUGAGCUUCCUCUAGAGGCAAAUAAUGCAGGUGUUUCUACAAAUUUUAAACAAUUUAACAGCCUGGCUGGCACCAGCUCAGGAGAAAUACAAACGCAUUCACUUUUUUCCGGCUCAACUGACUCUACUCAAGAGUCUACUCGACAAUCAGAAUGAGAAUUACUUUGUUGAUCCAAAGAGGAAAUUACUUUUCGUUACAACAGCUCCUACUAAAAGUGUAGGAGUGUUCAGAACAAAGAGCAAUGUAGGCAAUAAGUAUAUGUAGAAUAAGCAGGAAAUUUGAAUAAGGAUAUACACAUCAAUGUAGUUCAAGGUUCAUGGUUUGGUGUUGAUUCAGUUUACCAACCACCUGACAGUCAUGACAUGACCAGCAGUAUACCACCACAUCUUGGUGCAUUUUCAGCCAAUAGAAAUGUCUUAUUGUCCUCUCCUGUCUUUUACGUAUGCCCAAAUGUGUUGCUUCUUGCUGGUGAAUAUUUAAGAUGACAGAGUAAUUAUUGUUGAGAUGACACAGUUUUCCUCACAUGCAGAAACCAGAGUGAAGCCAGAGCUUUGAAGCAAAGAAGCCAAAGAGGAACUGAAAUGGCAUUAAAAGAAUUGCUUUUUAGGACACUGGAAGAGUUGGGACAUGAAGAAUUCAGUCAAUUCAAGUGGUACUUGCAGCAGCCGGACAUCCUGGAAGGUUCCAUGUUCAUCCCAAAGAGUCAUCUGGAUGAUGCAGACAGACAGAAAACAGUGGAUAAAAUGGUGGAGAACUACAGCCUUCAGUCUGUGGAGGUGUUGAAGAAAACUUUAGGGAAGAUCAAGAGGAAUGAUCUGGUGGAGAAAUUAUCAAACAUCAGUCCAGCAUCACAUGAUGUGACUCUACAACCAAAACCUCCACAAAUCAUCACAAGGUAUAAAACCAGGCUCCAGUCAAACCUCCAGAGCAGGUUUAAGCACCAACAAGAAGGAUGGACAACAAAGAAGGACGAGAAGAUUCUGGAUGACAUCUACACUCAGCUUCACAUCACAGCUGGAGGAGACACACACUUCAACAGGCUGUUCAGUCUCUUUGAUAUGGCAUCUGGAAAACCUGCAGGACCUGAACUCAGCAGCAUCUUCACACACCCCUCUGGAAGGAAAAGGAAUAUGAGAACUGUGCUGACCACUGGGGAGGAAGGAAUUGGUAAAAGUUUCCUGGUGCAUAAAUUUGUGUUGAACUGGGCUGAAGGUAGAAGCUGUGAGGAUGUGCAGCUGAUUUUCCCUUUCACGUUUAGUGAGCUGAAUCUGUACAGAGAGGAAAAGCUGAGUUUAGUAGAACUCAUCCACACAUGUGUUCCUGAAACUGUGUUCAUGAAACAGGAGGAACUUAACAGCAUCUUCAAAGCUCUGCAGACGUCAGGAAACUCAGACUUUGACAAGAGUGAACACAGACUUGUUUUUGUGUUGGAUGGACUGGACGAGAGCCGCCUUCAGCUCGACUUCACGACCAAAGUGAAGCUGCCAGUUGACGUGACAGAGUCCACCUCAGUGGAUGUGCUGCUGACAAACCUCAUCAGGGGGAAACUGCUUCCCUCUGCUCGCCUCUGGAUAACCACACGACCUGCAGCAGCCAAUCAGAUCCCUCCUGAGUGUGUUGACAUG